AUGCUGCUUCUGGACGGCGCGCUAGGAACAGAACUUGAAAAGCGCGGAGUCGACGUCUCGGGCGGGCUGUGGUCCGGCCGCGCCGUGCUCGACUCCGCAGACACCGUCAAGGAGAUCCAUCUCGACUACAUGCGCAGCGGCGCCAACAUCGUACUGACGGCAACGUACCAGCUAUGCGACGCCAACAUCAAGCAAAACCACCAGGACCCGGCCGCCGUGUAUGCCCGGGCCGUGGGACUCUGUGCGCAGGCACGCCGUGAGUACGACGUUGGCGCCGGCGUGAAGAUCGCCGGCUCCAUAGGGCCCUACGGAGCAUAUCUUGCCGACGGGUCUGAGUACACGGGGAACUACGGCUCUGUGACGGACGCACAGCUGCGCGCGUUCCACGAGGGCCGGUUCCGUUUUCUCGCCCAGUCCCCGGACGUGGACGUUCUAGCAUUCGAAACCAUCCCGUCGUUCCAGGAAAUAAGGGUUCUGGCAGAGCUGGCCAGCACACAGGAUAAACCGUGGUAUCUGAGUCUCAGCGUGCGCGAGACGGCCCUCGUCGACGGCACGCCGCUCGCGCAGAUCGUCGGCUGGCUCGACAGCCACUACGAUCGCAACCUCCUCGCCGUCGGCGCCAACUGCUGUGGUGUAAGGGUGGCUCUGCCAGUGGUGGAAGAGCUCGAUCGGCGGCUCUCGGACUCCCAGAACCUGCGGAACGCACGCAUCGUGCUGUAUCCGAACUCCGGCGAGGUGUACGACGGCGCGACGAAGACGUGGUCGGGCGAGCCGGGCCAUUUUGUCGACGCCGUGAGACAGUGUCUGCAGUACAAGCGCGUGGGCAUUGUGGGCGGGUGCUGUCGCACGGGGCCAGCAGAUAUCCGCCAGCUGCGGACGCUCAUUGACGAGUCGCGGUCGCACUGA